UUAUAAAAUUUUGUAAAUAAGUGAUUUUUCUCCUUCACUGAUGUACGCUAAUGAGGCUGUAGUGAUGGGCACUGAUAAGAUGCACUGAUGGACACUGAUAGGUGGCACUAAUUGGCAGCACUGAUAGGUGGCACUGAUUGGCAUUGAUAGGUGGCACUGACUGGCACUGAUGGGUGACACUGAAGGGCAGCUCAGAUGGGCACUGAUUUGUGGCAUUGAUGUGCACUGGUAUGCACUGAUAUGUGGCAUUGUGGCACUGAUGGACACUGGCACGUGGCACUGUUCAGCUGGCACUGCUGGACUCUGACAGGUGGC